ACCGAAACGUCAGAAAGAGGAAGUCACCUUUGGAAAAAGCUCACCGUAUGUUUUUUUUAUUUAUUUAUUAUUUACAACCGACUGUUGAGCAGAAGAGACAGUCGCUCGUUCAGGAAAAUGGCCAUAAUAACUGCUACUGGAAACUUAAAGCCUCACCUGAACGGACUGAAACGCGAAGAUUGGGGGAAGAAUGGCGUCCGCACCGGGAGAGAGAAAAUUAGCCCACGGGCUAGUGUCGGCUCCAGGAAGCAGUCCAGGCCGGAGUCCUUUGAACAGCCUCCUAUGUAUGUGGCUGUCAUGACAUACGUAGGCUACGGCAUCGUCACCCUGUUUGGAUACUUCAGAGACUUCCUCAGAGCUGUGGGUAUCGAGAAGUGCAACAUCGCCCAGGAAAGAGAGGCGCAGAAGGACUUCACGCCACUUUAUCAAGAUUUUGAAAAUUUUUACACUAGAAACCUGUACAUGCGAGUACGGGACAACUGGAACCGUCCCAUAUGCAGCCUGCCGGGACCCGUCUUUGACCUGAUGGAACGGGUGUCUGAUGACUACAACUGGACAUUCAGGUUUACUGGGAGAACCAUUUAUAAUGUCAUCAACAUGGGCUCUUACAAUUACCUCGGUUUCGCUGAGAACAAUGCCGAUUUCCUGAAAACGGUGGCAGAUCGCUUACAGCAAUAUGGAGCUGGGGUUUGCAGCACAAGACAGGAAAUUGGAAACCUGCGCAUGCAUGAGGAGCUGGAACAACUCGUGGCGGACUUCCUCGGAGUAGAAUCCUCCAUGACAUUCGGGAUGGGCUUUGCCACCAACUCCAUGAACAUCCCGGCACUUGUUGGCAAGGGCUGUUUGAUACUAAGCGACGAGCUCAAUCACACAUCUCUUAUCUUGGGAGCCAGACUGUCAGGAGCAACUAUCCGGGUGUUUAAACACAACAACAUGCUCAGUCUGGAGAAGAUGCUGAAAGAAGCAGUUAGCUCAGGGCAGCCUCGGACCCACAGGCCCUGGAAGAAGAUCCUCAUCAUGGUGGAAGGCAUCUACAGCAUGGAGGGCUCAGUGGUGCAGCUACCUGAAAUCAUCGCCUUGAAGAAGAAGUACAAAGCGUACCUGUACCUGGACGAGGCCCACAGCAUUGGAGCAGUGGGGCCCACAGGGAGGGGGGUGACCGAGCUGUUUAAUGUGAACCCAGAUGACGUGGACGUGAUGAUGGGGACCUUCACCAAGAGCUUUGGGGCCGCUGGAGGCUACAUCGCCGGGAGAAAGGAUCUGGUGGAUUACCUGCGCAGUCAUUCUCACAGUGCAGUUUACGCCUCAGCCAUGUCCCCUGUCAUUACGGAGCAGAUCAUACGAGCCAUGAAGUGCAUCAUAGGAAGAGAUGGCACCACAGAAGGCAUUAGACGGAUACGACAGCUGGCAGAAAACACCAAGUACUUCCGAGCCAGGCUGAAGGAGCUCGGCUUCAUCAUCUACGGCAGUGAGGAGUCGCCCGUGGUUCCCCUCCUGCUCUACAUGCCAGGCAAAGUGGU